AUGGACCGACUCGGUGCUGGCGCCGCCCUCGUGAGUGUCGGUAGUUCCACCGGUACCACGUGCCCGGCUGAUGCAAAGUCUCUGAAGGCUGCAGCUGAUGGUGACACCGCUAGCAGCUCACCCGACUCCCCUCCGGCAGCUGGGGAACUGCACCCUGGUGAAGAAGACGAAGCAAGUCUUGCCGACUCCUGCGACUCUGUGGGCAGGGGGGCGGACGACGACGCAGUGAGGGGCGACAACGAAGGCGAUACUGAGGCUGACGACACCGGGGCAGAGGAAGAUGAACUGCACCCGGAAGAGGACAAGGGAGAAGGCGACGAGGAUGCUGAGGACGUGGUGAAAGACGUGGAGUAUGCGGAGGAAGAGUACGAGUACGAGCCUGCCGACGCCGCCGCGGACGCAUCUGCCACCACCACCUCCUCAUCCAAGCCCCUCAUGAUCACCAUAGGCACUCGUCAGUACAAGGCCUCUGCUUUUGUGAAGAAUCGGGGCUUCUCUUACGUGCCGGGAAAGCUCAAGUCCAACCCGAAGGCCACCUUUGAGCCCUGCACCACCAACGCUCCACACAGCAUCCUCGACUGCCAGAAGCUCCACCUUAGCAACCGCGGCGUCCUCGUACGCGAUCGGUUCAUUCGACUGAACAUGCUUGUUGACAACCCUGGCAAACAGGCACUCCUGCACCACCCGGGGAGGUCGCUGAAAAUGCGCAUCUGCCGCCGUGAUGUGGAGCCGCAGAAGGGCGAGACCCACAACCCAGCCACCUGCUCCGACCUGCAUCUUCUGCCCGACAUUGUGUUUGUCGGCAUUCCCGGACUGAGGACGGCCUACUUCGAGGCUGAGCUGCGCCAUAACCUUGCCUUCAGAAAGCUGAAGGAGGAGGCGUGGGAGACGCAGUGCGGGACAUGGUGCCGUGGAAUGCGCUCGCACGUGGUCACCACGUGCCGGUUCCUGCACUACAACCGAGGCAACAACUACACCGAGAAGCCGACUCCGCCCCACCGGCCGUUGGCUGCCAUUCCCGAUCUCACGCCGAGUCGCCCUCCACAGGCGACGGACUCGAACAGACGCGGCCGCGGUCGUGGACACGGCGGCCGUGGUGUUCGCGGCCGCGGAAACUACCGCGGUCGUGGGCGUGGCAGUCGUGGGGCGGCAGCAAUUUCGCUUCCGGCAGCCUUCGAGAGCGGUCACGUGGUACCAUCUCAGGAUAGCGUCCCACAAGUGAGCUCAAUCACAACCAGGGCGAGUGGCGCUGCAAUUCGUGUGAAGCCUCCCCACGAUGCGUUAGCUGAGACAGAUUGGAUGACCGACACCAGGGACGAGGGCAGCCCGAUUGACUACCGGAUUCUCAGCGUGCUGUUCGUGCUUCUAGGAGUUUUCGUUUUCCUACUCUCCGUGGCGCUGCGCCGGAAGAGUGAUCUCGCAUCGACAGCACCGUGA